AUGGGAAAGUUAUUUGCUCUUAUACCCGUUUUAGCACUUUUGUGUGCUUCCUGGCAAAGUGCAGAAGGAAACAAAGGCUAUUUAUACGCAGAUUGCACCUAUGUGAAGGGAGACAGUGCCCACGACUAUUCUGGGAGUCGCUGCUUCUGUUACAGCCCUGGUACAGUAAUCAAAUGGAAGGACAUCUGGUCCACCUUCAAGGUCAACGUGACAAGUGAUAAUGACGUCUUUGCCGUGUUCCCGGUGGAGAUGGGAAAUUGCCACCAUCCAGAUGAUCUUCUGACAGUUAUUAACUGCUUUGUUGAACACUACUGGCCGUCCAGUAUCCGAAGGGGGAAGUCUUUGGACAUUCCUCUAGUUGAUGAAGAUGUCUGCUUCAUGACCAAGUCGCCUAGAAGCAAUACUGAGUAUACAUUACACAUCUCCAACAAAAGGUUAAAUAGAAUGUGCUUCCUGCUUUUUGUGUGUGGGCUGGUGCUGUUUUUCGGAGCGGGAAAUGUAUGCAGGAGUCCACUGUUCUUCUACACAACUGGCGUUAUACUAGGAGUCAUCGCCACAUUUGUUUUCCUGACGCUCGUGCUCCGAAACUUCGUACCAACGCGAGGGCUGUUCCUGGUGUUGUUGGGCGCUGGCUCUGGUCUGUCCUACAUGGGGAUCCAGAGGGUGUUAAAUGAAUGGGAUGACAUUGUGACUGAUCACUGGAUGGAAUUACUGGUUUAUGUGCUCAUAUCUGGCUUAUUUAGCUUUGCUGUGUGCUAUAAACAUGGGCCCAUCACCAACAAACACACCCUCAACUUUAUGACGUGGUGUAUGCAAGUAGUGGGCAUGGUUAUGGUGUACUAUGGGAUCACAUUCCCCCCUGCCUGCUAUGUACUGAUCAUGUUCCUGUUGUGCUGGAAGAUUCUGCCCUUGGCCUGGAGCCUUCUGGUGUGGAUGUGCAGUCUCUUUUUCUCACUCCUGGGCUUGUUCUGGAGGAAGAAACGGCCCAAGCUCAGGCUACUACUGACUGAUGAGGAAUACAGAGAGCAGGGAGAGGUCCACACCAGAGCCUCUUUGGAUGAAUUACGGGAGCACUGUAACAGGCCUGGCUUUCCUGCAUGGGACACUGUGUUGAGACUCCGAUCACCACAUAGUUAUGCAGAGUUUCUCCGCAGUGGUAGCCACAUCACCCAAGAGGAGCUUCAGAAUCAUGAGAAUCAGUAUGGGCUUGGCGGGGCAUACUACGAAAACUUGCUCUUUAACAGCAGCUCCAGCGACACCCAGUCGCACAGAGGAGAAGCAGAGGACAAUAGCGAAGACGAGCUGGAGAGAAACAGUCCUCCAACCCAAAAUAACAUCCCCAGUCCUGAUGUAUUCACUCCAGCUGUCUGCCCGUAUCCCCCCGCCACCUACACCCCUCAGCCAGAACCCAUGGAUCCAGAAGACCAGGAUUUCUUUUAAAAUUGUCCUUCUGUCUGUAGGUUGAGUGAUUUUAUGUUAUUUUAAUAGGGACUUUUUGAAUUGCAAAAUAUUUUAGGAAGGAAUGACUCUAAGGAACAUUAGUAGGUCCAUAAGGAUGGUAAAAAUAAUCUUUUGCUCGCAUUUGCUUUUAAUGAUCUCUUUCAGAAGAUGUGGGUUGUUAUAUUUUUUUUAGAAGGAAUUCGUAUUCUACUACCCAGGUGAUGUAGAGCUGGGAAUAACACUGUAUUGUACAUACUGUAUGUUAAUAGAUAGGGACUGUGCUGCUCUCAGGUAUAUCAGAUCAUCAGGACAUCAUUGCAAUCAUUAAUACAUUUCCCUCAAAUGCUCAAGACAAUGACUCAACACAUACAGUACCACGGCUGUUAUGUUAUUUAAGGAAACCGUGCCCUCUAGUGUUGGUUAAAGAAACAGUUCCCUUAUAAGUAUCUUGUUGUUUACUCGUCCCCAUUUUAAUAUAAACCUCUACAUCUACCUCUGAACAAGUAGAGGACGUUUAGCAGAAUCUACAAAUUAUCAUAUAGUGAAACUAAACGCGUUUCUAAAACCUCCAAAACGGACAUCAAAGCAUGUUCGUGGCUUACGCGUUCUGUUCCAUGUCUUCUGACGUCAUAUGAUAGAAUAGCAGAACGUGUUACUAUUAAAUAACAACUUACGUUUAUUUAUCACAUAAAGCAAUCCUAGUGGCUGUUCAAGGAAAAUUUGUUUUUACAUUCCACUUUUUCAUGUUUUGUUUUUAAUGUAAAUAUGAACUAGCUUACACGUUUGACCAUUCGAGUUUACUUUUCGCGCCUUUUUUUAAGUACAUACGGGAAGAGAGUGAUCUGAAAUGUGGUGCUCAAUUUGUGGAGGCAUUCCAUUCACGCAGAAUGAGCUUUUGCGCGGGGUUUCUUUUGCUUUUCUGUAGAAACAUGCGCUAGAGUGAAGCGUUUUGACCCUUUUAAUUUUUUUUAUUUUUAUUCAUUUGUCCCUUGUGGCUUUAGAAGACAUGGAAAAUAGAGCAACAUGACUAAUUUUAUGGUCCUUUUCUGUCAUUUUUGGAGCUCACAAAUGAUAAAAUUAUAGGUAACCUGAACGGACAUUGUAAUCAAAAAGCUUCUGCUUUUACGCACAAUUGUUGCGUUCUUCUAAGAACCUUUUUCAUUGGCAAAAUGUAUUCCCCCCAGAACCUGCGUUUUUGGGAGAAUACAAAGGUUUUGUGGACGAAUGCAAUUUCUUUGACUGCACAAAAUCACUAAAAUACCCAACCCCCCUCCCAUCUGAUACAUUUAUUUUUCUAUCACCAUAACCUUUAGUGCAGGGAGCCAAUACUAGUCUUGGAGGGCCGAUAUCAGAUUGGAUGGUGCAUCAACUCGUGCUGGUUUACGUAUCUGCCUAUGCUGCCAUUUCAAUUCUUUCCUUUUUAUUGAACUUUUAUCUUGAAGAAUGUAUGUUUUUAUAAACAUUUCAAGUUUUUACAGUCUUUUAUAUUGCCAUCUAAUUUAAUUAAAAAAGACAAAUGGCUCAAUUCUCAA